UCGAGUUAUCGAUAGCUCAGAUUAUAUUUACUUUUAUAGCUUCGUAGAUUUCAGCAGGAUUUCAGGCGAGGGCUUGUGCACUAAACACGCAGCCAGAAACCCCAGAGAAAUGAGUCAGGAUCAGCUCAAAGUCGAAGAUGUGUCCACCGUCCGCAUCCUAAUGUUGGGCGAUAAAGGAGUGGGCAAGACGAGCGUGACCAAUUUGAUGGCCAGUACCCCUGAUACGCCCACGUUCGCAUCCAGAUCCGUGGGCCAGCGCUAUUGGAACAUCCAGGUGCGGCUGCACGAGUAUCCCAACAGCGUGGACAUGCCGCCCACACCCACAUGGACAUCGCCCUCCUCGUCGGAUCGGUCGGAUAAGUACUCGUUUCCCCGGAACACACCGGCCCGAUCCGAGAUCCUGUAUUUCGUAGAAUUCAUUGAUAUGAACAGCCAUUGUCGCAUGGAGCGCGAGCAGCGUAAGCAUAUGUUCAAGAAUAUCGAUGGCAUUGUCCUCGUGUACAAUCUGCAGAAUCUGCGCUCGCAGGAUAACCUGCACGACUGGCUCUACGAGCCGCUGCGUGAGAUCUGCAAGCAUCGCCACGGGCGUCCACGUUCGAUCCUAAGGAGCCAGCAUGUCCCCAUUCUGGUGGUGGGCACCCGGCUGGACAUGUUGAAUCGCCGCCCAUUGCGUCGUUCGGUCAUUGCCCACCAGCUAAACGCAGAGGAGAUCCUACUGAACAGUCAAGAUCCCGAGGCCUUCGCGGACAAGAGCCGCAAUCAGGGCAAGCUGUCCGGCUUCCUUAAUCGCGUUGUCGAGUUCAAGGAGCGUUAUCCACUCUCGCGCUCUCGUGAUUUCUGAAUCGAAUUACAAUAUGUAUAUAUUUUUGAA